CUACCGGUUGUGGACCAAUCAUCGGUGCGUUCAGUAGUUUGAACAAUAAGCGGUUUUCUGGCGGAUUCACACUGGAUAAUAAUGAAGGAGACACAAAUGUAAUGCAUAACGAUAAUCAUGGACCUGUGUUAUUGUAAAACUGCUACUUAGAGUUGCAGUGAGUUUAGUUUGUCACUGUUUAGUGUUAGUUUUAAAGCGCUCGCAUAGUUUUGUUAGCUGUUAAGUUUAGCAUUGCUAGCUCACGUUAGCCUUAGUCGUAACGGUGAUUUGAGUCAUCAUGAAGCCAGUAAAUUCGGUCUUUCUGAAGACAUACGGUAAACAGAGGCGAAAGCUGCCCGCCUGGAUUUCACCGGACAACCGCAAGCAGGUCUUCGACAGCAGCCUCUCAACAGACGGCGAUCUCUCCGAGUUUGAACCGUCAAAGCCAGGGAUAAGAGAGAAAAGGACUAGUGUUGCAUGUCGUAAUGGGACACGUCCAGCCAAAAUAAAGGCCAUUUGGUGUCUGACAGAGGAGAACAGUUGUGAGGAAGAUGGCGCACUCCCCUCUCCUCCUCAUCCUCAGCAGAGCAGAACAACAAGAUUGAAGAAGACUAGUGUUUGCAAUAGUAGGGCAGUCCGUCCUGCCAAGAGAAAAGCUGCGUUACGUGUGAUGGAGAACAACAGUGAUGAGGAGAACAUCAGCUGCUCCAUUCCUGCGGUCGCUCAACAAAGCAACAGAACCAGUAGGAGAAACCAGCUUGCGUCUAAUUUAGGAGUUUUGAUGAAGAGGAAAGGACGGCAGGUUCCAGUGACCAGCGAGAGUGAGGGAGACUCGACGUCUGUUGCUAGAUCUCACAAAAAUUCAGUUCAAAAGAAGAGCGGCUCUGAUGUUCAGCGUUCUGUGGGUCGCUUUGUAACCUGCCGCACACGCCGGGCCGCCGCCAAACCCACGCUCCAGAAAGCAAUAGUCAGCAUCCUCAACUCCUCUGAUGACUUUACUACGGAAGCUCUUCGUUCCAGACGUAUUCUGCGGCCCACCAGGAGGACGAGGGUCCCUCCUUCAGCAUUUUUAGUGUCGAGUGCAGAGAAUUCUAUAAAUGCUGUAGGGACUUUGAGCUUUGCUAACCCCCUGCGAGAAAUAUCCCUCAAUGAAUCGGCAGAUCAGAGCCUCGGACUGUACUCCAGGAACCCACCUUUUUGCUCUACUCCCUCAGCAAGCUCCUUCAGCACACGUCCACGCCUUAAACCCUUCUCCAUCAAUGAGAAGUCUACCAGCAUUCCGUCCAUGACAGUAGGCUGUGCAGGUAUCCUGAGCCCAUUUCAAGACAACUUUAAAUCACCCGGGCACCCUGUCUCACCACCUCUCUCUGCAGCACCCACUGGACUCCACAGUGAUGGUAAACUGCAGCCAAGUCUUUGUGAGCAAUCUGGUGAUUUAUUUAUGGCGUACAGAAGCACAAACAAGAGACGCAGCUGUAGCGAGGAGGCAAACAGCCACACUGAAGACUCAAAGACCAAGUUUAGAGGGGAAUUAAGCUUGAAUGUGCUCUCUGUUGACAGUGAAAGCAGCAGUGACUUUGUGUCAGCAGCGGGAGGGUUAGAGUGGCUGAUUGAGGCUCUGAAGGAGAAAUGCUUGACCAGUCCCUGCACAGUGCGGCUGCAGAGAUUAGAAAACCUCACCGUGACUCAGCUUAGCUGUCAAACAACCUACUCAUCCUGUUUGGGACUUUCAGGCAUGGGUCAUAGCCAGCAAACACACGAACCUCCACAGUCUGUGGAAGGCAGUCAAACUGCAUCGUUUGAACUUCAUUCAUUGAUAACCAGAAGUUGUUCACGGUCAGUAGAUAGUUGUGAUUCUCUUGAACAAGCCGCUUCAGGGACUGAUCUUUCACCAUUAGUUGACUGUAGGGAUUUCGCUGAUGAAUCUACCCACCACACGGAGAGCAGCGUCGACUUUAUUAUGGGCACACAAUCAUCAGUCAAGAGUGUGGAGACACUGUUUACAGAGGACGAGGCUGUAGCUGUAAAUGACAAUCGUCUUGUGAAGAAAUGCACCGUUCAGCUCAAAAGGUUGGAUUUGUCACAACUGACUGUUCAGCAGCUUAAAGGCUUCCCAAAGCAGAAAGAAACACAUUUGGUGUGUAGCCACGGGUCUGUAAAUGCUGAAAAUGACCACACGCGUAACACCAACGACCCAGAAGAUCUCACGUGUUUAGGAGAAACCACUGAGGGAUCGAUUUUGCCUGUGCAUUGCUCAGUAAGCGGUUAUGGUCCAGUCGCUCAGACACAGUCCAGUGAUCCAGCAACAGAGGAGAAAGCAGCAAUACUCACAACAACGCUGCAAGAGAGAGGUCAUUCUCGCAAACUCUCUGUUGAGAUGAAGAGAAUAUCUUUACCACAGUCAAAAGGGGACAAAGGGCAAAGGUCACCCACAGAUGCGUCAGGCUCGGCCAGUCAUGAACAGAUAAAAAAUAACUACCAGUCUGACAGUGACAUGAAUGUCUGUCAUAAAGACACUUCUCUUAAAGUAAAUAGGAAAAAGAGGAGCUUGGCUUGUUCUGAAGACAGCAUUUCCUCAAAUGAAGAAGUUGUAAAGCGCUCCUGUGACAUUCUGCCGAGAGGAAAGAAAAUGUCCCUGGUCCCUAAAGAAAAAAAGAGGAGGAGCACAUCUACUGACCGACCUGGGACCACAAGGAAGGCGUGUGUGAGCGGCCUGAGUGUGAACCGCUGGAAAAACAAAAGCAACACCAGCGCAUGGUUGCGGGCAGGCGAAGUGAAGUCAGUCGACUGCAGCAUCAAUGAGCUGAUCACCGCAAAACACAAGCAGCCGAGGGAGCUGCGAGGAUUCGUCAAUUUGUCCACCCCAGUGAGAGCGAGCCCGCUCAACAUCUCGUCUCUGCUGGCUGACUUCACUCCCAAUACACACACCUGGAGGCGCCUCAAGGCUGCCCUCUCUGUUCAUCGCAAAGUGCUCCUCACUCCAAGGAGUGUAUAUCAUCAAGGCACUCCUGGAAGAAUGGCUCAAACAGACAUCAGCCAGGAUCUGUUUGCCUCACCUUUACGAUCUCUGCUCCCCAAACACCUCCAGUUGCAGCUGACCCACGAUUCUUCGGUGUGUGAGGACGCAGAGCUGUCGGAUGCAGAGAAGGUGUAUGCCGAGUGUGGGCAGGAGAAGCCUCUGGCCUGGGAGGAGUGCAUUCUCCCUCACCGUAUGAAGCGCUGUGUUAAGAUUGGCGAGGGAACCUUUGGCGAGGUCUUCUCCACCACUAAUGCCUCAGGAGAAACCGUGGCUCUCAAAAUAAUUCCACUAGGGGGCAGCGAGAAGGUGAACGGAGAGGACCAGAAGACAUUUGGAGAGAUUCUUCAUGAGAUUAUUAUCUCAAAGGAGCUGAGCAGCCUGAAAGCGAAGCAACACAACCAGACUCACAGCUUUAUUGGACUCAACGAUCUCCACUGUGUUCGCGGACGCUAUCCCCCAGAAUUCCUCAGUGCUUGGGACAAAUUUGACCACAAGAAAGGCUCUGAAAACGACAGACCAGAUUUCUUUGAAGAGGAUCAGUUCUUUUUAAUCCUGGAGUUUGAGUUUGGAGGUGCCGAUCUAGAGAACAGCAACGGAACGCUUGCAUCUCUGGGAGUGGCGAAGAGCAUCCUUCAUCAGGUCACUGCUGCGUUGGCUGUUGCUGAGCAGGAGCUUCACUUUGAACACAGGGAUCUGCACUGGGGUAACGUCCUGGUCAAAACGACCAAGCAGAAGACGGGGAGCUUCCUUCUGAACGGGACAACUCACUCUGUGGAAACCAAAGGGCUGCUGGUCCGCAUCAUUGAUUACUCUCUCUCCAGAUUAGAAAUCGAUGACCUGACGGUGUCCUGUGACAUCUCGAAGGACGAGGAGCUCUUCAUGGGUCAGGGAGAUUAUCAGUUUGAUAUUUACAGACUGAUGCGACAGGAGAACGGAAACGAAUGGAGUGUCUACCGCCCUCACACCAACGUGCUGUGGCUCCACUACCUGUGCUCCAAGCUACUGUCCAUGAAGUACCGGGGCUCAGGGGGGAGAGGCGCCAAGGACACGCGAGAGGAGCUCACCCGUUUCUAUGACAACGUCCUCCAGUACGGCUCUGCCACCGAGGCACUACAGAACUGCCCCAUGUUCCAGUAAUGUGUCGGAGCCAAAUGAGCAGACGAAGUGUGAGCUGGGCGCUGAGCCACAUACUUUUUUCUUCUUCUUUUUUUUUAGUGAGUCGAAGGUUCAGCGUAUGUAUGGAAUUAGAUUUGUGUCAAUAUUUAGUUUGCUCCGAGGCUUUUGCGUUUGCGCUCCCUCAGUUCUUUGCGUGUUCUUGUUUGCGAGUAUGACCAUGGGCGGGCCUUGGGUCGCUGCGGAGUUUGAAAAUAUUGACACAAAUCUAAUUCCAUACGUAUGUAGGUGAUCAUAGUCACUGUGACCCUGUGACCCUUCAUGACCUCUCGUGUAUAAAGAAGAUUCCCUUGUCAGAGAUGAAGGUCAGUUCAUGUAGUGAAGCUUUUCAUUUGACAAAGGUUACGACCAUGUGGAAAAUAUGUGUUAUGUGUUGUUAGUAACACUUAUAAAUGAUGAAAAAAAUAUACUUAAUAAAUCUCCUUGGGUUUUGUUUUUUUUAACAUUAAGUGCUGUUGUGCUCACAGUUUUGGCAAAAAUACGGUGGCCUUCGCACACCAGAGAGGAUGCAAACACUCUGCUGUAAAAAUAUGCAGCUUUGAGUUUCUGGCCCUGCAUGUUUUCUCUGAUGACAAGCAUGUGCUGUGUAAAUGAUGUAAAUACACACAUGGAUGUACAUGAAAAAAAUAAAUGUCAGAACCAGACCCAAAACAGA